UACUGCUGGCCGAACGGCUCAAAACGCCAGCAGUACACAGCCACACUUCGGCAGAGGAUCUGGAAACUCGACAGGGGGCGUGGCUACACGGAGUCCAGGGGGCGGGGCUACACGGGACUGUCUCAGGCUGCCUGCUGCUCACAUGGCUGCUGCUGUGCUGUGAGAGGGAGAGUUGAAGCUGAUGCACAUGCAGGGCAGCCAGUGAGAGUAAACUCUGCUGUAGUGUGUAAGAUGCCUGCUCCAAAUCUACAACUGCACCAGCCAAAGAAUACCUACUACAUAGAGUAUAUGCAAGCUGUAUGUUGCUGUCUUCUCUGCUCUCGAAGGGCCAGGUCCGGCAUUUCUCAGGUUCUGAAACAGGGCGAGCACAACGGCAAGCUGCUGCUGCUGGGAGCCCCAACCAAUCCCCUUCUCAGCCCCCCUCCCCUUCUGUCGCCCAAUCCCCCUCUCCUUCCCAGUCCCCUUCUCAGCCCCCCUCCCCUUCUGUCGCCCAAUCCCCCUCUCCUUCCCAGUCCCCUUCUCAGGCCCCCUCCCCUUCUGUCGCCCAAUCCCCCUCUCCUUCCCAGUCCCCUUCUCAGGCCCCCUCCCCUUCUGUCGCCCAAUCCCCCUCUCCUUCCCAGUCCCCUUCUCAGCCCCCCUCCCCUUCUGUCGCCCAAUCCCCCUCUCCUUCCCAGUCCCCUUCUCAGGCCCCCUCCCCUUCUGUUGCCCAAUCCCCCUCUCCUUCCCAGUGCCCUUCUCAGGCCCCCUCCCCCUCUCUUUACCAAUACCCAUCUCUGUCCCCCUCCCCCUCUGAAGGCCAAACAACCACUCUGGCCUACUCCCCCUCUCUUUCCCAGUCCCCCUCUCUGGCCCCCUCCCACUCUGUUGCCCAAACACCCUCUCUGCCCCCCUCCCCCUCUCAAUCAGACCCACCCUCUGAAAACAGCUCCCCAAUCCCUCCUCCUUCCCCAAUCCCUCCUCCUUCCCCAAUCCAGCCUCCUUCCCCCAUCCAGCCUCCUACCCCCAUCCAGCCUCCUACCCCCAUCCAGCCUCCUACCCACAUCCACCCUCCUUCCCCCAUCCAGCCGCCUUCCCCACCCAGUGAAUGGGCAGCAGAAGCCCCAGCGGAUAUUUCGGGGAGUCCGCAUGUGGCAGAUGAGAAUGGUGCAGUUGGAGAACCCACAAGCCUGGCAGGCAUCGUGGGCAGCCUAAAGGCCCAUUUGCAGGCCAUGCUGGCCGACAUAGAAAGGCUACAUAAAUUUUGUUAAUUUUUUUGUUUAUUUUUGAAAUAUAAAAAAUAAAAAAACACAUUUAUGUUAAAUAAUAAAAAAUACAAUUUUACAGUUAAA